CACACCCACUAACCACGUGUACUGAUAAUGGCCUCCAAUAGCUCAUUCUGUAGAGAUGGUUCAUUAUUAUCAGUAGUUAAUGGAGGGAAUCAAGUAUCAGUGUGGAACACGGCUACUGGUAGACAGGUCUGUAGAGCAACUGGUCACUGGUCCACUGUACUGUCCACUGGCUGGUCUGAAGGAUGGGACCAGUCUAACCAGAAGAAGAGAGGUUCACCAUUACUAGCUAUUGGGGUUGAGAAUGAUGGUCUGAUAAUAUGGGAUAUCGACCAGAAUGAACAAUGUGCAACUAUGCCAGUGGAUGGUUGUGGGGGUGUGGUCAGUAUAUCAUGGAGUGGUAAUGAUUCAUUGUACGUUACUGAUGGAUCUAAACUGGUCUACCAAUGGACAGUAGGAUCAGGCUCUUUGGAAAGGUGGAAAGCUGAUAAAAAUGGUGUUUCUUGUCUAUGUGUUGGUGAAAGAACUUUAUUAACUGCUGGGCGGAGCAUUAAGCUAUGGGAUAUCAGCACUCAAGCAUUAAUUAAACGUUUCACUGGUCAUGCUAGCAAUGUUAUGUCACUUUUCUUUGUCAACAAAAAUCAAUUUAUAUCUGCAGCUGAUAAUGAAAGGAAUAUUAGUCUUUGGAACAUUGCUACAGGUGGUAGUGUCUCUUUGGUUUGUGAAAGUAAUGUCCUAUCAGUUCAUGGUAUUGAAGAUGAGGGACAGUUCAAGAUAGGGUCUGUGUGUGAUGAUGGGGUCGUUCAAUUAUUUGAAAUUGAUUCUUAUACUAAAGUACCUGGUCCUCAGGAACCAGCUGCCAGCCUUCAAUUUGUAACUCAAUCCACCUCAAAGCAAAAGGUUCCUCUUAGUAUUCCAGUGUUAGCUCUACAUGUUUCUUCCAGUCCUGGUGAUAUGGUGAUAGCUCAUACCUCAGUGGUUCGGCCAGUGUUUGAGACUAUGCCUUUUAAACAAUCCGAGUCUCAUUCUUUAUUGAUAAGAACAGUCCCUAAAGGAUUAUUAGUACCCACACCUGCUCCUGGCUCUGGUGGGGGGAGUGGCUCCGCUGGUAAAGGAAGCGUGUCUAUAGUUAGUCUCUCCACCCCACGGACUAUACGACAGGACACUGGACAGGACACUGGACGGGACACUGGUGGAGACACUGGUCGGAACAGAUUAGAGGAACAGGUUCCAAUGUAUCAGAGACUCCAGUCACUCUCUCUAUUGGAGUCUGACGAGAAUGAUAAAAGGUCCAAACUAUCGGCUGAGAGUCUCUCGUUGCUUGUUCUUCAGGCGGUUCACAAUGAUGAUAAGAAGUUACUGGAGCAGGUUAUAAGAAUAGACACAAAGAGAGUGAUCGACUCAACAGUUAGGAAGCUAUCUAUAACUGCCAUUGUACCUUUUCUAAAAGCACUGAUAGAUGCCAUACAUGUUAAUCCGGCUAAGACUAAUGUUAUUCUGUGGGUUAGGUCAGUCCUGUUAAACCACACCUCCUACCUCCUCACAGUGCCACAUCUUUUAGAUUGUUUGAGUGUGUUCUAUCAGUCGAUGGAGAGCAGGACAGCACUGUUUAAUAAAAUGGCUAAAAUUGAGGGGAAACUGGAUCUACUAUUAGCACAAUCUAAAGCUGAUGAUGAUGAGAAUGAUGAUGAAGAAAGACUAUUAACAACUCCAGGAGCAAUAGUAACAGCUGGUGAAGAUGAGGAAGAUGAAGAUUAUAAUGAAGGAACUAGUGACAUAAUCAUAUCAAGUGAAGAGGAGGAGGAGGAGGAAGAAGAUAUAAUGGAUACUAAAUAGUCAGUUUGGAAUAAUUUAAUUUCUUGUAUUAUAAUAAUUUGGCAAAAAUAAGAACAUAAUUUAUUUUAUUAUAAAAAUAAUUUCACUAUCCAGCUAAUGGUGUGUUUCCUG